AUGUUGACCCGCCUGAACAUGUCGGACAUCGUCCCCCUAAAUUCGACGGUGGUAGCAGCCCCAGUAGCCCCAAAGCAGCCCGCGACGACACCAACGGUGCCGCGGAUCAUGGAUUACCGGGAAAAGCCGUUCAUUUUCGUGUGCUCGCACCAGGAGCUGUACCUUGACAAGCAGCGGCGCCCGCUGUCCGAGGACGUGAUCUUGAAGAAGAUCAACGCGGCCUUCGAGGCCUCGGGUUUCCCCUGGAUCAAGGCGAUCCAGUUCGAGAAGGUGCAGCGCGUCCAGCCGCCGAAGGAGAAGACCUUCGAUCCGCCCCGCCGGCUGCGUCUGGACGUGAAGACCUGGCGCGACCGGGCCAGCCUGUACACGAAGGACGCGUGCCAGCGCGACUGGCUGCGUCUGCUCGAGCAGCAGCAGCCGUAUGGGGCGAAUAUUGAGGCCACGGAGCUUCGGCCGCGGCCUCUUCGGGCAAAAAGGUCGGGGAAGAGGGGUGGGAAGAAGGGUGAGCUGAAGGCUCAGCAAAAGCCUGAGCAGCAGCCUGAGCAGCAGCCUGCGCAGAAGACUGAGCAGAAGUAG